CUGCGCUGGCAGUAUUUAUGCACCUUGGCAUGUUUACGGAGUGUCACUCCUGUUGCCACACUCCCUGGGCACGAAACCGUCGUUAGGUUUCUCCGGGGCUCUUUCAGUUUGGAGGAUACUGCAGGUAGCGUGAGCGACUUCUGGAAAUGCGGGCGGUGGCUGUGUGCCUGUUGGUGACGUUCCUGGUUGAUCGGACAAGUGCCAUUUCAGCAAGUCACAGCUGGGAAUGUCACCUAUCACCAGAUGCAGUCGAUACCACACUGACUAGUGAAGAGCAUGCUACCAAGUUCAGCUUGCCCAACGGCUUUGGACCGGGCGCAGAAGCCACAUUUGUCAGUCCCGACACGCCGGCGAGUGAGAAGCACGAGGCGUGCAGUAAUCUCCGGCACGGCCGUUAUCCACCCAACACCGAGUGCAUAUUCAACUAUGAGUCGGCUGAAAACUCCUGGGUGUUUAUGAAGUUCAAAUCAUUCCGCCUUGAUCUCGAUUGCCAAGCUGACUGGGUCCGAGUACAAACUGUUGGUGCGCCGAUUGGCAGCGAGUUUGAUGAGACCUUCAGCGCAUGCAACGUGCCGACUGAAGUCAUUUCGGACGGGACGAUCAUCCCCUGGCGACAUGUGCGUCUCACGUUCAGGUCGGAUGAUGCAUUCAGUUGCCGUGGUUUCAUUGCUCUCUUCAUUGGACAUAUUCCCUUUUGGGCAAGCGGUGCCCCAGCGGGUCAGGCCGGAUACCUGCCAGGUGGAGGUCCUGGACAUCCAGGUGGUCAGUCUAUUUGUGGAGUCAGUACACCUGUCCGACCACCAGGUUUACGUGGUUUGCAGACGUACAGUAAUAUCGGGAGAACAAGGAGAAGUGUGGCCAAGAGUUCACAACUGCAGGGUGAGCCUGGCUUGGCGUAUGUGCGGGACAAAAGAGCUAACACGGAUAUUGAUGCGUUAAGGGAGAUGUACUGCAAUGACGAGGAAGUCCAGAGCGACAUUGCACCGAAGGGAGAUCUUCGAAAGAAUAACAAGGGCGAGGCUGGCCGGCCCGGAGGUCUCAUCGGACACAAAGGCUCGAGUUCUACGUCGGACCCUUGCAGUAGAGCCAACGUACUCAAGCGCUUUCUCAAGGAGAAACGGGAUAAGUUGAGAGUUCUGGAGACGCUUCUUGGUGAUCAUGAUUGCAGUGACUCAUGUACCAUCAUUAGACGAGUCUGCGCCAGAACUGACUGUAGUACCCAAUGCAACAUAACAAGCUCUCCAAACCCCGCUACCACCACCACCACCACCCAGCAAGCCUUCCUGUAUGAUGAAACGGAAUCAGCUUGCGAGUCAAACACCCUCACUUCAACUCUUACUGAUGUUGGCGAGCCACCAUAUUGGAACAGUGGAAAACAGGGUGUGCGGGGCAUCCAAAACCCUGUUACUGUUCGCAUUCCAAUAUUACCACCAAAGGGUGCCCCACCAACGAGCACAAGGAUACGGCGACCACCUAUUAGUGGCCCACCAGGUCCUCCUGGGUCCAGGGGCCCACCAGGUCCGCCUGGGUCACCAGGUGCUCCUCGGUCCCGGGGCCCACCAGGUCCCCCUAGGCCCAGGGGCCCACCAGGUCCUCCUGGGUCCAGGGGUCCACCAGGACCUGCCGGUUACAGGGGACGACCAGGUCCUCGUGGGUCCAGGGGACGACCAGGUCCUCCUGGUGCACGCGGCCCUCCAGGCCGUCGCCGCCGAGAAACGAGCCUGGAGACAGACUCACAUAUUAUCCUGAACGAGGAGAUCGAUCAGCCACUGGAACAUCAUCGUGAACAGCGUCAGAUUAAAGAUGCACAGCAAGGUCCACAGGGCCUUCUAGGUGACCCAGGUGAAAUUCGGUCUGGGAAAAGGAAGCCCAAGCUGCCAGAUGAGUGUCGUUGCCGUAAGUGCAAAAAAUAGUACCGCAGAAGAUUGCACUGGCCAGAACAGAAACUAACAUUUUUUUAAACAAAUAGUGUGUUAGGACUUACAGCGCUAGUAGUCAUGAGUCAUGGUUAUGACACGUGCAACUGCCACUGAUAGGUUGUGUUCACAGUAAUUCAGGCGCGUGCCCCGUAUGGGUUCCUGGGUGCCCGGAACCCCCCCCCUUUUUCGCUCAAAAUGCAGGAUUUUGCUUCAUUUUUUGAAAAUUUUCCCCGAGGGAGGCCCCGGAACCCCCCCCCCUUGAAAGGCACCGGCGCACGCGCCUGAGUAUUGUAGGCUACAUGUUUAAGUAUACGUGUAUGUACAAUGUACGUACUAAGCCUGCUGCUGAUUACUAGUAUACGGCUAAUUCUUUCGCAGUCAACAAGCACUGGGAGCAUUUGUUCGACAUAUUUUCAUUGCAGCAUACGUGUUUGUACUGUAUUGAUGCUAGUUUUUUUUUAAUGAUAUUCUUUAUGUGUUGGUCAUUCCAACACUUGGAGGUUAGCCCUUGAGAGUAGAUUCUUGUGAUCCACAAAAGAGGCUAUGAUACCUUCAUGCAGGAUAACUUUCAUGUAUUCAGUCAUUUCAAAAAUGUCUUCAAACCUGA